CCUCAUCAUGAACAGAGUUGCGUCUUUGUUCCUCUUGUUUCCACACGCUUUCCGUUCAUUCACUUUUUAUUAUUUCUCUUUCAUCUUGGUCCCAACUGUUCCUUCGUUCCUCCAAUCAAUCACUGCAACCGAGACCCACUUCACAGAUGACUUAAAGUGCGAUGCUUUCACGCACGAGAAAACAUUAAUAGGUUCGGUCUGCACUGAAACGAAGGUGGGUGGGAGAAAGUUGGUUCCUUUUUAGGUUCAGGACUUGUGGGUUUUUCUCCACUUUUAUUGAAGGCAUGAGUAAUCAUUUGGGGUUGAAGUAUUGCUGUAUCGUCUGCUAGUACUACUACUUAUGUUUCGGAGACUCAGAUGGUUUGUGGGUCUGAAUCAGAAGAAUUGGUCAACCAAAAGGUUGGUCCAUGUUGAACAUCAACAUCCUGGCCCUGCCAGGCCAAACCAGUUGCCUGUGCUCGAUGCCGUGCAUGAAGUUGCAAUUUACAUUCAUAGGUUUCAUAAUCUUGACCUCUUUGAACAAGGAUGGUACAAAAUCAAGGUCACCAUGAGAUGGGAGGAUGGUGAAGACUCCUAUCCCGGCAUUCCGGCGCGGGUUGUUCAGUAUGAAGGUGACACGUAUUCCUAAUCUCUUCAAGUGCAUGCGAGUCUGGAUGAUUGAUGAUACAGACAACAGUUUUUCAACACCGCCAUUCCAUAUUAAAUAUGCAAGACAGGAUGUACAUCUUUCCAUCAUGAUCUCAUUCUACCUGUCUUUUGACGUGUGUGAGGUACAAUCCUCUUCAGUCAUCUUGAAGUUUGAACUCAUGCAUGCUCCUAUAACUCGAACUGGGCCUGAGUUACAAGGUUCUCUGGAUCCAUAUGCUGCUUCAGUUCAUGAAUAUAAAAUCCCCCCUAAAGCUCUUCGAGGAUUGCAUUCAUAUUGUCCUGUUCAUUUUGAUGCUUUCCACGCUGUCCUUGUUGAUACAAGCAUUCACAUCAGCCUACUAAAAGCUAGUUAUCACACAUCUCAACAGAAGGUAUCCAGUGAAUCCAGAGGUUCAGAAGGUGCUUAUGUUGAAGAUUAUGUUGGGUCAAACAAGGUUAUGCUCAUCAAAGCAUUGAUGGCUGCGUAUGAUAUUCUGCUUGAAGAUUUGAGAAGAAUAAGCACAGGCAUUGGCAAAGCUAUUGAUUUGACUGAAAUUACUUUUGAAUCAGAUGCUACAGAAUGGUUUGCUCCUACUCCACCUGCAUCUGUGAAAAGUGUUCAUGGUGAACCAUCACUUCAACUGUCUGACAUGGCACAAGUAAUAAGUGCCGAGAAGUCUGCUUAUUGUAUCAAUAACCUUACUGAGAAGUCAAUUCAACCUUUUUCUUGGGAUGAUCAUCUCUUGAGCUCUUUCCAGUCUCUAGGGAAUCAGCUCUUAUGUCUCUGGAAUAUAUUUCUGAAAUUCCACAGGGAAAACAGAACAAAAAUAUUGGAAUUUCUGCGGAAGUCCUGGGUGAUUGAUCGGAGAACUGAAUGGUCUAUAUGGAUGGUAUACUCAAAGCUUAAAAUGCCUCAUCAAAAUAUGAACUAUGGAGUUGAGGGGACGUCAAUGUCCCACGGUGUACAUAGAAGUUCAAUACUUACAAGGAGAUUUACUGAUGAUCCUAUUCAAAGUGCAACAAUGCGUGCAGAACUGCACAGGCGAGGAAUAUCACAAAUGAGGAUAAACAAUAGGUCACUUCAAGACAUGUUUAUAUUUGGAGAUCCUCUGCUGAUUCCUAUCAUUAUUAUAGAACGCUUGACAAACGGGAACCAUUCUGCCAGUGUGAACUUAGACUUCAACCCUUUGGAUGACAAAAAAAGGCAUAUAGUAGAAAAUGGAUCCAGAGCCCCAAAGAAGUUGGGUGGUGGCAGUUCACAGCAAAAUGAGCUUGUUUUGAGGAUAGUCGUUUUUGUUCAUGGAUUUCAGGGAAAUCAUUUGGAUUUACGGCUUAUUCGGAACCAAUGGCUUUUAAUAGACCCCAAGAUACAAUUUCUAAUGUCAGAGGCAAAUGAGGAUAAAACAUCUGGAGACUUCAGAGAAAUGGGAUCACGGCUUGCCCAAGAAGUGAUCUCCUUCCUGAAAAAGAAGAUGGAUAAAGCUUCAAGAAGUGGAACCUUGAAGGAUAUCAAGCUUAGCUUUGUCGGUCAUUCUAUUGGGAAUCUCAUUAUCAGGACAGCCUUAACAGAGAGCAUCAUGGAGCCAUAUCUAAGAUACUUGCAAACCUAUGUCUCCAUAUCUGGUCCACAUUUGGGUUAUAUGUAUAGUUCGAACUCUCUAUUCAAUUCAGGGCUGUGGAUACUGAAGAAGCUCAAGGGCACACAAUGCAUUCACCAACUUACAUUUACAGAUGACCCUGAUCUUGAAAAUACUUUCAUCUAUAAUCUUUCCAAGGAGAAGACAUUGGCUAACUUCCGGAAUGUGCUUCUUUUGUCAUCACCUCAGGAUGGCUAUGUUCCGUACCAUUCUGCCAGAAUAGAACCUUGCCCAGCAUCUUCUGUGGAUUUCUCUAGAAGAGGGAAAAUCUUCAUGGAGAUGCUGAAUAAUUGCUUGGACCAAAUCCGAGCCCACUCUGACGAUAGGGUGGUCAUGCGCUGUGACAUCAACUUCAACACCUCUUCCUAUGGCAGGAACUUAAACACACUUAUUGGACGGACAGCUCAUAUCGAGUUCUUGGAAUCUGACAUUUUUGCAAAGUUCAUAAUGUGGUCCUUCCCAGAGCUGUUUUGUUAGCAAAGAAGUAAUCUACUUGGAAUUCAGACAACUUGUUGAUUUAGAUAGACAGUGAAGUUGAGACAAUAAUUCAAGAACAUUGGAAAUGAAAGCAUGGGAUUGAAAUCAAAAACAGCUCAGAGAUUCCAAUUCAAAGUCCAUCAUGGGCCCAAACUCCAGAGGUAGUACUCUUCCAACACCAUCCUCACGGUGCGACAAAUUGAUAAAUUUGAUUCCUCCAAACAAUUCGGGUCAGGAAAAUGGAGGAAUUUGCAGAGCAAGAAGCAUGCAUGGGACCUUGGCCAUAUUAACAUAACUUUUCUAUGUAGUUAUACAGCCUUUUUUGUACAAAAGACAGAAUGACUAGUUUACCUUGUCUGCUUAAGUUUAUAGAAGUCGUUGUAGUUCUAUAGGCUUAGGAACCUAUAUAAAAUGUUGUACACUGACAGAUAAUAUUCAAAGAAUUUCCUACAGAACUUCCAUCCUUUUACUUCA